UGCCCCGACCAUCACUGUUACAGCAGAAGAAGAGGCGGUCAACAAAAACAGACGGGUGUUGAUCAGAGCCGGCUCUCUGAGCCGAACCCCACCGGUAUGCUGUGACAUGGAGGCGGAUGAGUCCCGGGGGAAGUAGCGAGCAGAGGGGCGGCUGCAGCUCCGCAGCCCCGCCGGACAGGGCCGUUACCAGGCGGCUGGGGGCGCUGCUGGCCGGGCUGCUGGCCGUGCUCGCCAGCCCGCUGCUGUGGCUGCUCCGCCGGCUGUGGAGCCGCGGCGGGGACCCGGUCCCCGAGCACCGGCAGCAGCAGGGCGGCCGGGUCCAGCUCCACCACAGACGGGCCUUCGAGUUCAUGUCGGCGGCGCUGAGGAUCGACGAGGACGAGAAAGGUGACAAGCUGCAGGCGGUCAGCUGGUACCAGCGGGGGAUUGCAGAGUUGGAGAAAGGUGUGGCCAUCCACAUCUCAGGAAGUGAAGAGAUGUGCGAGCGCGACAGACGGCUGCAGAAGAAGAUGACAGCUAACCUGAUCAUGGCCAAAGACCGACUGCAGAGUCUGGUAGCAGUGAUGUCAUUGUCCAGGAUUCAGACGGACACAAACCCGGCCUGCCCUGCUCCUAACUCGCGCCCAGGCGGCGCUGCCUCCAGAAGGAAACCUGCUGCUAAUGUGGGGCCGUGCACCCGACCCAAGUCCCUCCCAAAGAACCUGGCCUCUUCCUCUGCAGGGGGCCAGCGCUGCUCCAACACCAGCAAUGCACCACAGCGCCCCGCCACGCUCAGCAGCGGCACCUCCUGCCAGGUCAGGACCAAUCGGCGUGGCAACAGAAUCAACUCCCCGACGACCACGCCUCUGAAGAGGAACGUCGUCAAAAACCUGAAAAAUGUUGAGGAUAAGCUGGCUGAGCUCAUCCUCAACGAGAUCGUGGACAGCGGCGCUGCUGUGAACUUUGACGAUGUUGCCGGUCAGGAUUUGGCGAAGCAGGCGCUGCAGGAAAUCGUUAUUCUUCCAGCUCUGAGGCCCGAGCUCUUCACUGGACUGCGCGCCCCUGCCCGAGGACUUCUUCUUUUCGGUCCCCCCGGCAACGGCAAGACGAUGCUGGCCAAAGCCGUGGCGGCCGAGUCCAACUCCACUUUCUUCAACAUCAGCGCCGCCAGCUUGACCUCCAAAUAUGUCGGCGAAGGGGAGAAGCUGGUCCGAGCUCUGUUCUCCGUGGCCAGAGAGCUGCAGCCCUCCAUCAUCUUCAUCGACGAGGUGGACAGUCUGCUGUGUGAACGCCGGGAGGGCGAGCACGACGCCAGCCGGCGCCUGAAGACUCAGUUCCUCAUGGAGUUUGACGGGGUGCAGGCCGCAGGAGACGAGUGGGUUCUGGUGAUGGGCGCCACCAACAGGCCCCAGGAGCUGGACGAGGCCGUCCUCAGGCGCUUUGCUAAACGUGUGUACGUGGCCCUUCCAGGCGAGGAGACUCGACUACAGCUGCUCAAAAACCUCCUGGAGAAACACGGAGAGCCGCUGACACUCCGAGAGCUGCGGCAGCUAUCCAGGAUGACGGAGGGCUACUCCGGCAGCGACCUCACCUCCCUGGCUAAAGACGCCUCGCUGGGACCAAUCAGAGAACUUCAACCGGAACAGGUUCGGAAUGUGGAGGCUAGCCAGGUCCGAGACAUCAUCUUCCAGGACUUCGUGGAGUCUCUGAAGAAGAUCAAGACGAGCGUUGGUCCACACACUCUGGAGCUUUAUGUCCGCUGGAACAGAGACUUUGGAGACACGACGGCUGUUUGAACCGGACGCUUUCUCUCAGAACUGUUCUGAACUGUACUUUUUUGCACGAAUGUUUCUUAUCCCGGCUCUUCAUUCAGCGGAGUGUUUGUUUUUAACUGAUCUAAAGAUUGUAGCAAUAAACUGUGAUGAGAAGCUUCUGUUGUCAUCAGU